AUGACGCUCCCAAUCUCGCCCACAGCGACAUGGGACACAAUAGAGAAUGUCUUCUACCGCAAGGAGGACGUCUACCAGAUGGCGUGGAAGGUGCCGGACCUGAGCGACUAUCUGGUCGCCGUGGGCAAGAACGGAGGACCUGUUGCCUUGAUGCGUGACGAGCGCAAGUUUCUGCUCCUGGGCAAGCACUCGGCCGGCAAGCCCAAGAUCCAGGUGUACACUUCAUCUGGUCGUCUCAUCGCAACUCUGAGCUGGGAGCUGGCCCCUCCUGUUCUGCUUCACUUCACACAGUCGACUCUCGUUGUGCUCUCUGAUGAGGGCACGUAUCGACUGUACGACUUGUCCUCCCCGGGCGACUACUCUCAGUUCACGCUCGGUCCCGACGUUGCCGACCUCGGCGUCGUGUCUGCUCGUGCAUGGGAGGAUGGCCUGGUCGUCCUUACUGGAGGACUGCAGUUUGUGGAAGCACGAGGAUGGAAGGGUGGCAAGGUGGCUCCACUCGCCUUGAGUGGGCUCACUGAGGCUCCCUUGUCGUGGGCCAUUACCCCGCCCGAGCAGAGCAUGAGCGGCCACGUCGAGGUCGUCGUCUCCACUGGCUCGACGGUGCUCACCAUCGACUCGUUGGAGCGCAUCGAUCAGCGUCUGUCAAAGGGCCCCUUCUCCCAAAUCGCCAUCUCGCCCAACGGCCGCUUCUCGGCCCUGAUCACGCUCUCGGGUUCACUGUGGGUCGUGUCCUCGGACUUUGCACGCAACCUCUCCGAGGUCGACCUGUCAAAGUUUGUCGAGGCGGCCGAGGGUACAGGCCAACCCGACCGUGUCGAGUGGUGCGGUGACAAUGCUGUUGUCGUCGCAUGGGGAGGCAAGGUGGUCAUGUUUGGCCCAGGCGGUGACACGCUCGAGUACGACUACCCUCCAGCCGUUGUGCUCGCUGGAGAGGUCGACGGGCUGCGCAUCAUCUCGUCAUCGACAUGCGAGGUACUCCAGAAAGUUCCAGAUGCCUCUCUUGCCGUCUUCCAGCCUGGUUCAGAACACCCCGCGGCGGUGCUGUACGACGCGCUCGACCACUUUGAGCGCAAGUCACCCAAGGCUGACGAGGCUAUCCGGAGCAUCCGACCAGACCUCGCGCGUGCUGUUGACACUUGUAUCGAGGCCGCUGGUCGCGAGUGGGACGUCACUUGGCAGCGGCGUCUUUUGAAGGCAGCACAGUUUGGCCGUGCCUUCCUCGACCUGUACAACCCUGGGGACUUUGUUGCCAUGGCCCAGACUCUCAAGGUCUUGAAUGCCGUUCGGUACUAUGAGAUCGGUAUUCCAAUCACCUACGACCAGUACAAUGCCGGCUCUCCGGCGUCACUCAUCACCCGCCUCCUCACCCGCAAUCUCCACCUCCUCGCCCUGCGCGUCUCGCAGCACCUGGGACUUCGAUCGGACGCUGUGCUGAAGCACUGGGCCGCCGCGCGCAUUGCCCGCGCAAAGAGUGACCCGCGCGACGGCGACAGCAACACACAGCUGUGUGAAGCGAUUGUGGACAAGUUUGAGCAGGAGGGCGAAAAGGGAGUUAGCUACGCCGAGAUUGCCAAGAAGGCAUGGGAGGCUGGACGUGUGCGGCUAGCAACAAUGCUCCUUGACCACGAGCCCCGCGCGGCUGAGCAAGUGCCGCUUCUGCUCCAGAUGAAGCAGGACAAGAUUGCGCUCGAGAAGGCUGUUGACUCGGGCGACACUGACCUGGUGUACCACGUUCUCCUCCGCCUGCAUGCUUCGCUCUCCCCCGGUGACUUUUUCCACCUUCUCGACGACUCGAUCUCGCCCCAGCUUGCUCCGGCUGUGCGCCUUUUGCAAAUCUACGCGCGCGAGAACGACCGCCAGCUCCUGCGUGAUUUCUACUACCAGGACGACCGACGAACAGAGAAUGCCUGUCUCGAGAUGGAGGAGGGGGGUAACAGCUCGAACCCCGAGGAACGCGUCGAACACCUCAAGGCUGCCUCCAAGUUCUUCUCCGAGCACAAGGACCGCGGGUUCGAGGCCAAGAUGGCCGACGACGCCGCACGUCUCCUCCAGCUCGAGCUGCAGUACGAGCGCGAGCUCGAGCACAAGUUUAUCUUUGCGGGCCUCACCGUCGACGACCUGAUCACUCGCCUCCUCGUGGAGGGGCUGGGCAAACGCGCCGAGCACGUCCGGUCCGCGUGGAAGGUGCCCGACAAGCGCUGGUGGUGGCUCAAACUCAAGGCGCUGGCCACGACGCAUAACUGGGAUGGACUGGAGAUCUUUGCCAAGAGCAAGAAGAGCCCGAUUGGCUACGAACCCUUUGUCACCCAUCUGCUUGCCCUCACCCCGCCUCAGCCCACGUACGCCGCCUCGUUCGUGGCGCGCUGCGACGCAAAGUCCCGGCCAGACCUGUACGCCCUCUGCGGCCAGUGGGGCAAGGCGGCCGAGAGCGCAAAGGAGCGCAACGACAAGCCCAAGCUUGACGAGCUCAAGCGCCGUGCCCCUCCCGGUCUGCCACAGCGCGAGGUCGAGGAGGUCAUCAGGCGACAGAAGUAA